AUGGCAGGCUCGGACUUCAAUGUCGCAAUUGUUGGUGCUGGGAUCGGUGGUUUGGGUUUAGCGAUUGGUCUCUCACAUUUGAACAUCCCGUUCACGAUCUACGAAGCAGCCCCUGCAUUCUCAGCCGUCGGUGCUGGUGUUGGUCUAGGUCCAAACGCCCUCCGCUCCAUGGACUUGAUCGACCACCGUUUUCGAGAUAUGUACAUGAAUAUCGCCACCGGCAACCUUCGCCCAGAAAAGAAGCAUGUGAUGAUGGAGGCCAUGAGAAUGGAAGAGGGUUUGGGUGAGGGCGAGAGCUGGUGGGGAAAUGGAGGUUGGGGCGCGAGCUACUUCGAAAGGACUGGCGCGCACAGAAAAGAUCUCUUGGACAUUAUGACGAGUUUUAUCGAUCGCGGAAACGUGAGGUUCAACGUUCGAGUCAAAGAAAUGAAGCAAAAUGGCGGCACAGUCCUGCUCGAGUUUGACAAUGGCGAGGUUGCCAACCAUGCAGUAGUAGUCGGAUGUGACGGCGUCAAGGGUUUUUCAAGAAGCGUGGUGCUCGGCGAAAGAUAUCCCGAUUGCGUGGAGCCGAAGUAUGCGGACAGAUAUGUUUACAGGACUAUUGUUUCUAUGGAAGACGCGAAGGAGAUCGUGGGCGAUUUAGCUACGGACGCGAAAAUGUACAUCGCGAAAGGGGCUAAUUUCUCUACGUACCCGAUUUCCGAAGGAAGAGCAGUGAAUGUGGUAGCGUUCAAAGAGGAUAAAACCCAAUGGACGGCGCCCGACACUACUUAUGAGGUCUCAAAGGAGCAGAUGCUGGCGGACUUCGAGGAGUUCCGGAUAGAUUCAAGGCUCAAACGGUUACUAGAUCGAGCACAACCAGUCCGCUGGGGCGUCUUCCAUCAUCCAGAGACACCAACUUACUAUAAUUCUCAAAUUUGUCUGCUUGGCGAUGUCGCACAUGCUGGUGGUCCACAUCAAGGCGGAGGUGCAGGCCAGUGUCUCGAAGACGCUCUUAUUCUCUCACGAGUUCUCGGAAAGCUCUUCAAAAGCACACCGGACGAUAUACUCACGAAACCAUCGCCCUUGCGUACCGAGCUCAUUGAAGCUGCUUUCGAAGCCUACGAUGAGAUCAGGCGACCGAGAGCGCAAAAGCAAGUCUUAACCAGCGAGGAGUGCGGGAACAUUUACAUCCUCAAAGGCCAGGGAGUCGGUGAUGAUAUGAGCAAGGUGCUCGAAAAUCUCAACUCAAGGUUCGAGUGGAUUUGGUUACAUGAUCUUGAGGGGGACGUUAGGAAGGUGGAGGAGAGGUGGGAUGAAAUCGUCGGUGACAGUCGAUUUCAGAGCAACUUGAACGGGAAGAUUUGA